CCUCCAUUGAACAUACAUACUUAUAUCGCUUUGUCCUCCUCAUCUAUAUUGAUAAAGCUGUUGUAGCCUUCCACCUGGUGUGUACCAUUAUUAUUGCGAUAAUUUGGCCUAUUCAGUGGCUUGGUCAAAAUGAAUUCACCGACAAAUACUCAUACUUGAAUUUGACUUGGAUCUUUCAGAAAUGUUAUGCGAAAUCGAUGGGUCUCAUUACUACGGUUCCCUCGAAUUUCCCUCGAGUAAUCCUACUACAAGUCCAGCGCGACUGCAAUUCCAACGCGACAAAUACGCACACGCUAUGACUAUAUGCUCUGAUGCUCCCCCGGUAUCCAUGUCAGUGCGACACUCAACCAUGGGUUCUAUCGCUCCCAGUUCAGGACAAGACAUUUCUCUCCAAUUGCCUCGAGCUGAAAAUUUCCUUCGAUCCAUAUCAAUGCCAUCUACUCCUUCACGCCGGUAUACUAUGUCUGCUUCUUCGCCAGCCUUUCAGCAACUGUCUCGUGUGUAUGCUGCACCUUACACUGAAUCCUGGGUAGAACAACAGUUAUCCUCUUCGCCGAGUCCCCUUCCAAAGAUCCCUCCUCUACCUGGCUGCGGCCUGUCACCGUCAACGCUUAAUGCCGAAGGAACGCCAUUCGAUCGACAUUUUAAGUUGUCACAAUCAUGGCACAAUUCCGAUCCAGAUAUGUCUCCUAUAGCUAGAAGGAUAUCUGACGACAAUAUCACUACGUUUCUACCUGAAAGCGGACACCCAUCCAAUCAGUCUUCUGGAGGAUCCUGUGUUCCCAGUACAUGGUCGCUGAUGGAGAAGCUUCCUUCGUUACAUUCCUUCGGUCAUCCUACCUUUUCUCCAGGUUUUGCUUCGAGUCCUGCCAUGCAUGUCAGCGAGCGGUCUUGGUCUCCUGUCUCCUGUCUCUCUGCACUCACACCCCUUCCGUCUCCCGAGCGCCCCCUUAGCGAUAACGUUUCUGGUGGAUUGUCUUCCGCUUCUUCACUAUGCUCGCCCAUUUUGGGACAGAACUCGAGUACUGCGCGACAUUCAAGAGACAACCAUGGGCUAUAUUCUACUUCUCGACGCUCGCUUCGUACUGCUAGCCGUGCGGUUCUCGUGCAGAGUUCUAAGCACCCUCUUCCGGCCGAUCACGAUGAGAAACGACUUUCAUGCCGGACAAAACGCGCACGUACCUCCGGCGAUCCCACUGCUGUCGACCUUACCUCUCAGAUUCAGGAGCCUAAAUAUCUCGGCAUACCAUCACAGCGUCGCCUUCCCUCGGAGGUUUCUCGUCACCCCGAUUUUCCUUUAUUCUAUCGGCGUUAUCCUAUAAGCUCGUUUCUGCAACUUGAUACCGAGGAGGCUUCUCUUUUCAAUCUCUUGAAACAUCCUGGCGGUAUCUGUAAUCCUCCACGAGAUCCACGAGAUCUGUACACUCCCCGCUUUGUCAAAGGUAUAGGUAGGUCCAAGAUAGGACUAUGUCCGAUCUGUGUCGAAAGCCCUUUGCGCGGUGGACGGGGACAAAAAAUAUGGUUAUCAACGAAAUUCUCUGCGUUUAACUAUCAUAUGCAGUUUGCGCAUGGAGUGUCAGCAACUACCGGACGUCCAUUCUCACCUCCACUGUCAUACAGGACAAGUAGUCGCCGCAACACGCUCAAACUUGAGCGAUCGGAGAUUCUUGAAGGAAAGUGUCAUAAAUGCAAGAAGUGGGUCCCCGUCGAAAGCAUCAAAGAUUGCGAGGUGAAGGUCAAGGAACUGUUCUGGUGGAAACAUGCUGCAACCUGCCACCGAGGAUCCCAGGUUCCAGGGGAUGACGACUUCUAUGAACACGACGAUGUGCUUCGCCGCUUAGAAGGGCUGGGAUUCUAAAAAGUAUCACUAUUCUCUUGUUCUGGAAUAUGGACUGGUGGACUUUUAACUGUGUAUAUUGCGAUUGCCAGGUGGACAUCAUCAUACACGCGUGCUGUAUUAUGUUGUGGCUUGUAGUUGCAGUACUGUUGCUGACAAGCUGAUUUGAAUGUAUUUUUGG